AUGUUAAUCAACUACACAACUAUUCCACAUGCUAGUGGCAAUCAACUCAAUCAUAUCGUUGCUUGUCACUUUACCUAUGUUGCUGGUGCCAUUGCUACCAGAUGGGAUUUAAUGCCUUCGUUGUUGGUGGCAAGUAUCUUAGUUGCUGAUGUCAUUGUUAUUGGUGCUUCAUUGGAGUAUGGUCUUGUUCAUUUGAUUAAG